GUAGCUUUUUCGCCUGAGAAGCACGUUGUCGCUUUAAACGUACGUCACGUUGCUUCUACCCGGAAGUGUCUGGCAAAUACGCUCCAAGUCUUUUCGUGCGUUUAUAAAAUGGAUGAAAACGCAAAACGAACGAAGGAAACCAUGACCUCGGAAAGUUUCAUCAGCACCAGUGAACGCACCAUCAUAGAGAACAGCAUGGUGAUCCUUCUGCAGGGUCUUCGGGGCGAAGUGACCACGGUGGACCUGAGGAACGAGAGCACGGCGCGGGGACGGGUGGUCAACGUGGACGCCUUCAUGAACGUACGCCUGGAGGACGUGCUUUACCGUGACAGGCGGGGAAGCAUCGUUCGGUUGGAGGACCUCUUUGUUACGGGCAGGAACAUCCGCUAUGUCCACAUUCCGGACCAUGUAGAUAUCAUGAAGACAAUCGAGGGAGAACUGAAGAAGAUUCAUCGGGUUAGGAAUUUUGGGAAAGAAGGGGGUGGCAGGAAAGAGUUCAUUAAGAAAGCAAAUUGAUUUUUUUAACUCCUUCACUACCAUUAACGACGAUAGUUGUCCAAUCCACUAGAAUGGGAGGGCUAAUGGAUUGGACGUCUAUCGCCGUCAAUGGUAGUGAAUGAGUUAAAUUUCCCUUAGGAUGUAAUAAAAAAUGAUUUAAAAAAAAAAAAAAGUCAAUCCAUUUGUUUUCUAUACUUUUUGCGCACAUUGUGGGCAAUGGUGGAGCUUACUAGGGUACAAAUGCUGCCAUCUAGUGUUCUAUCAUGGAAUUUAUGCCACAAAAGACGUGAUCUUGAGGAUCAGGAGUGUCUAAAGGACUUGACUGUAAGACUUCAUUUUUAAAUGUAUUUUUCAAUUUAAUAUCAAAAACAAAUACCAUGAAAUGUAUUUUAAAUUCACUCCUCAGUAUUCAAUAUUUCACCUAUUUUCUAUAAAUUUAAAAAGAAAAACAAUUUAAAUUCAUACACUCAUUGAAUAAUUUUGAAAAACGUUUUUGGUUUUAAAAUAACAUUUAAAAAAUUACAAAUACGUUAUUUUUAAUGUGU